AUGGUGGAGGUGCCGGGGUCUGAGCUCAGGAUCGUCCUUGUUGGCAAAACCGGGAAUGGGAAAAGUGCAACAGCAAACACCAUCCUGGGAACUAAAGCCUUUACAUCUAAGAUAGCAGCUAAGUCAGUAACCACAGAAUGCGGAAUUGCAGAGACAAGGCACUGUGGCAGGAAGAUUGUGGUUGUUGACACACCUGGGUUUUUUGACACGCAUCGUUUGUCAUCCGAAAUUGCCGCUGAAGUUAAAAAAUGUGUGAAGCUCUGCCACCCAGGUCCCCACGCCAUUAUCCAGGUCCUUCGUCCCGGUCGUUUCACUAAGGAGGAGAAGGAGGUUGCUCAGUUCAUCAAAGAUAUUUUCAGCCUUAAAGCCAAGGCCUACCUGAUCAUGUUGUUCACCCAGAAAGAUGACCUGGAAGGGAUGCCCAUUGAGUGCUUCAUCGAAGAGGCAGACGAAGAUCUGCAGCAGCAAACUGUGGACUGUGGGAACCGGUACCUGGCGUUCAACAACAAGGCUGGAGGGGAGGAACGGGAGGCUCAGGUCGAUGAAUUGAUUCAGGUGAUUGAUGACCUGGUGAAGGCCAACAGAGGUUCCCCCUGUUACACCGAGGAGAUGUUUAAGGAAGACAAAAAGAAGAGCAAAUCCAGGUGGCCCUGCACCCUCUUGUAG